UUUUGUAAGUGUCUGCCGUAGUCAAUUUUCUGGGCAAAGUGUAAUUAUAUUUUAUUCGCAUGGUUUUGUGUACAAUAAAAACUUAAGACAUUUUCAAAUAUAUUAACGUCUCGGACGUUAAAUCACAGACUCAAAGCAUGGAGGACAAGGCGUCGUUAAAAGAACUGGAUCAAUGGAUAGAGCAGCUAAAUGAAUGCAAGCAAUUGACAGAAAAUCAAGUAAAAACGUUAUGCGACAAGGCAAAGGAGAUCCUCACUAAGGAGUCAAACGUGCAAGAGGUAAAUUGCCCGGUGACCGUUUGCGGAGAUGUCCACGGUCAGUUUCACGAUCUUAUGGAGCUAUUCCGGAUCGGCGGCCGGUCGCCGGACACCAACUACCUCUUUAUGGGAGACUACGUCGAUCGUGGAUACUACAGCGUUGAGACAGUCACAUUGCUCGUUGCGCUUAAGGUCAGAUACCGCGAGAGAAUAACCAUUUUGCGCGGCAACCACGAGUCCCGUCAGAUCACCCAAGUGUACGGUUUCUACGACGAGUGCCUACGCAAGUACGGCAACGCGUCCGUAUGGAAGCACUUCACCGACCUGUUCGACUUCCUGCCGCUGACGGCGUUGGUGGACGGGCAGAUAUUCUGCCUGCACGGCGGACUCAGUCCCUCCAUCGAUACACUCGAUCACAUCCGAGCCCUCGACCGCCUGCAAGAGGUGCCGCACGAGGGACCUAUGUGCGACCUGCUCUGGAGCGAUCCCGACGACAGAGGCGGAUGGGGCAUAUCUCCGCGCGGCGCGGGUUACACGUUCGGGCAGGACAUCUCGGAGACGUUUAACCACAGCAACGGUCUGACGCUGGUGUCGCGCGCCCACCAGCUCGUCAUGGAGGGCUACAACUGGUGCCACGACAGGAACGUCGUCACCAUAUUCUCAGCGCCCAACUAUUGCUAUAGAUGCGGUAAUCAAGCCGCUAUAAUGGAAUUGGAUGAUGCGCUUAAGUACUCAUUCCUCCAGUUUGAUCCGGCCCCGCGUCGCGGCGAGCCGCACGUCACACGGCGGACGCCUGAUUACUUCAUGUAGACUGCACUGGGGGCGUAUACAAUGCGGGAGGGGUGUAUUCAAUGGUCGCCUCGCCGCCGCCCGUCACUAUUCUGUUCCCAAACAAACCGACGACUCGCCUACAACACACUACUUACGUCACACCGUCAUAACAAGUCUUGUACAAGGAACGGACACGUGCUACGUGCACGAUAUACGUACACGUAUACGUGUACGUGCAUGUAGCGUGCGAAUUGUGCCGUUAUCGUCCGACACGAUACUUAAAUAAAACUACGCGUAAUGGAAUCAGAUUUUUUAUAUAAUAAUUUAACGCGUGACCGUAUCGGAAAUAAAAAAUGAUAAUGUUCGAAACCGAUGUCCGAAAUAUUAUCGUAUAUAUACCUAUCGGGGAAUGUUACAAAGCCUGGUGGAAGAGUUUAGAUUUUCUUUUUGUGCACGUAAACAUGUUGGCGGAUUAACGACGUCAAGCUCAUAUAAUAUGAGGUUGUUUUGGACUACCGGUCUCGAUAUACCUUACGAUGCCGCGAUGACCGAACACUGCGUGGAAGUCUAUAUGUAUUAUUGUUUUGUAACGUUGACACACGAAGUUAAAAGUAUUAAAAUUGAACGUGUAAACUGGAACAUUUAAUUGAAGCGAGAUCGAUGCCCUAGUCGUUGGAUGAACUUUUGAUAUUUUCAUAGUUUGCGAUUCGGCAGAUAAAGAGUUUCGCUUCCGUACAUAGUGAGUCGUUAUCGCGUUUCAAUAUUGGCUAGACGGGGCAUCGAUCCCGCGACAGGUGGGCGAGGCAUCUGCAUUAGUGUGUGGAAGCGGGCUUCUCGGUAGCGGACGGUCGCUGCUCCGUUAUGCUGGUAUGUUCAUUGGACCGUCGUCGAACAAUGCAUGUAACAAAUCUAACUAUAGACCACAUUAAACGGCGUACGUCAGA